AUGGCACUGAGUCCUGAAGACUCUCCAGCGUGGGUGCAGCCAUGGCCGAACUCCGUGGCUUUUCCUUUACCACCGGCUUCUUCUUCCUCUUUGCUGUCGUGUUCGCUUUUGCUUCUGCAGCAGAAGAGCCGCAUGGGUUCCUCCAGAGCGAGAAGCUGGUGAAGAAGCCGGUGCGCGAGAAGCUGAGCCACCUGCGGUUCUACUGGCACGACGUGGUGAGCGGGCCGGACCCGACCGCCGUCACCGUGGCCCGGGCCGCCGCCUCGUCCACGAACGCGUCGGCCAGCGGGUUCGGCACUGUGGUCAUGAUCGACGACCCGAUGACGGUGGGGCCGGAGCUGUCGUCACGGCUCGUCGGCCGGGCGCAGGGGUUCUACGCCCUCGCCGCCAAGGAGGAGACCGCCCUGCUCAUGGCCAUGAACUUGGCCUUCGUGGAGGGGAAGUACAACGGGAGCACGAUCGCCGUCCUGGGGCGGAACGCGGUGUUCUCCGAUGUGCGGGAGAUGCCGGUGGUGGGCGGGAGCGGGCUGUUCCGGCUGGCCCGCGGCUACGCCCAGGCCAGGACGCACAGCUUCGACCCCAAGACCGGCGACGCCGUGGUCGAGUACAAUGUCUUUGUCAUGCAUUACUAGUGGUUUGGCAUUAUUUCGUCGUCUUCUACAAUAGUCGCUGUAAACUCCGUGCAUAAGUUUUCGUCUCUCAAUCAAUAAGCGGCAGGUUCGGCAAA